GUAUGCCCCAUUCGGUCUACUGGAAUACCCCAUCCCAAACCGAUGACAUUAUUUCGCAUCUUUAUUUUCAAGCGUGUUUGUUUUUCAUUCCAUGCCGGAAGGAUUCUUAAUUUUAGCCUCAUCCAACAGGGAUGGUUUGAAAAAAAAAAGGAUCAAAGACGGGAACAGGCCUCUGUCCAUAUUAUAAAAUUUUAUCUUAUAAAUUAUUUUAAGCUCUUUUGAUUCAAUAUUUGGUGAUAUAUCAGCCUUAAAGUGGCACCUGGUUGACCAAGCCCGAAAUCACAACAAAUUAUGUAGCUUCCUGUGCUGAACUUUAGAAUAUCAAGAUGGCGUCUUCCAGCUAGGUGGGAGGCUGCGCCUCAUGAACAACAAAACAAAAUUUUACUUAUUCAGUGGAAACUCCAUAUCCUUUGAAGUAAGAUGUUUUCUAGGCCGCGAUCAUGGCUUUCCGGUGGUGUUUGGAAACCCAAGAAUCCACACUCUUUGGAACAUUUGAAGUUCCUAUAUACAGUACUGUGCAAGAACCAGACAGUCACAGAAGGCAACAGAAGCAUGCUGGUGGAGACACUGAGAUCAAUAUCUGAGAUCCUUAUAUGGGGAGACCAGAAUGAUAGCUCUGUAUUUGAUUUUUUCUUAGAGAAGAACAUGCUGUCAUUCUUUCAAAGAUACAUGCGCCAGAAAGGAGGGCGGUAUUUGUGUGUCCAGCUGCUACAGACACUUAACAUUUUAUUUGAAAACAUCAGCAAUGAAACAUCAUUGUAUUACCUGCUUUCUAAUAAUCACAUCAACACAAUUAUAGUGCACAAAUUUGAUUUCUCUGAUGAAGAGGUUAUGGCUUAUUACAUUUCAUUUCUGAAAACACUUUCUUUGAAAUUAAACAAGCAUACAAUCCACUUCUUUUAUAAUGAGCACACAAACGACUUUCCCCUUUACACAGAAGCUAUCAAAUUUUUCAACCAUUCAGAAAGUAUGGUGAGAAUAGCAGUUCGCACUAUUACACUAAAUGUGUAUAAAGUGGAAGACAAGUCAAUGUUGCGAUACAUCCGUGACAAGACUGCAGCUCCAUACUUCUCCAACCUUGUCUGGUUCAUUGGGAACCACAUAAUAGAGCUCAAUAACUGCGUUAGAAAUGACGCUGAUCACCAGAGCAGAGACCGUCUAGCAGACCUGGUUGCUGAACAUCUGGACCACCUACACUAUCUGAAUGACAUUCUCUGCCUGAAUAUAGACUCCUUGAAUGCUGUUCUGACUGACCACUUGCUCAAUAGACUUCUACUGCCACUCUAUGUGUAUUCUUUAACAAAGAGAAGGAGAUAUAGCAAUGUAACUGAUGAACGUCCACAUGUGAGCUCUGUAGUAUCUUUGUUUUUGUUAUCUCAGGUAUUUCUGAUCCUCCAGCACUCGCCCCUGGUGAGACAACUAGCAGAUAUAAUCUUCAAUGCAGACUGUUCUAUUCUCAUCCCACAGUCUGAGGCACAGGACUCUGCUGAGAUGGUCGCCCGCCGAGGAUUUAUCCCUCCUACAGAAUCACUUGCCCAGGUGCUAGACAACAACCGUGCUAUGAAUGGCUCUCCAGGGCCUGCAGAUGGCGCUGAGGACAGUGGGAACAGGACAGGCAACUCCACAUUCUAUACUGACAGGGAUGCUGCAGCCACUACCUCCUCCCCAGAGAGUGAUGAGACAUCCAGUCCAGCUGUCAGUGCAGCUGUAGACCAGACAGAGAGCACUGCAGACGACACUAGUCCUAACCAAAACUCCACAGAUGAGGAGAAACUGCUGGGCUCUUCCAUUGGUCCACUUUGGGGAAGUGUAGAGCAGAGGCAGGCUGACUUCAAUCUUGCUAACAGACCAUAUUUGGAAGCCAUAUUGAAUGCUCUGGAGUGCAGAGAGAAUGACUACGAAGCUUUAUUUGCGCUUUGUCUGCUGUAUGCCCUCGGCAGCAACACAGGAAUUAAUCAAGAUCUUUUAGAUUCGGUGCUUAUGCCAACAAACAGAUCAGCGAGGAAAGAUCAUUAUAACAUCAUUGUGGUGGAGAGGCUGUUAAAAAUUAUCAAUCAGAGUGUGCAAUACGGAAGUAAAGUGCGUCUUGCCACCUUGGAGAUGUGUUUACUGGUACUGCAGCAGUUGGUGUGCACCCCAGACACCAGCUACCUCCAAGACAGACAUCUGGCCAUAAUUGAGGGCUCCAAGGAAGAGAGCAUGCUGCUGCUCAGGAACUUCUUCAAGAGUGAAGAAAUAUUUUUAGACAUGUUUGAGGAUGAAUAUAGGGACAAACAGAUCCGUCCACUCAAUGUGGAAUACCUGACAAUGGAUGCUUCCAUCCUGCUUCCACCAACUGGAACCCCCUUGACUGGGAUAGGCUUCAACAAGAGGCUACCUUGUGGAGAGGUGGAGAAGGCUAGAAGGGCAAUACGUGUGUAUUUUUUACUACGAGAUCUUUCAUUUACUCUGCGCCAGGAGAGGGAACAACAGUUACCCCUGACACAGCAAGAAGAGUGUGUUAAGCUAGGCGAUGUUUUGGACCUCAACAAUAGUGACCUGAUUGGUUGUACAGUGAUAGCAAGAGACAAUAAAAGAGAGCGUCGGUUCCUUGUGGUGGAUGUCUUACAGUUGAUCUUGGUGGAGCCAGACACAAAGAGGCUAGGAUGGGGAGUGGUCAAGUUUGUAGGGUUCUUACAGGAUGUGGAAGUGAGUGGAGACAAGGAUGAUAGUAGAACUCUUCAUGUUACUCUCCACAAACCUUCCUCCCCGCGGUAUGCCAAGUCUGUUCCUCUUCUGACGGCAAAGUUCAUCUUCGAUGAUCACAUUCGCUGCAUGGCAGCCAAACAGAGGUUGACCAAGGGGCGCCUAAAGGCACGUCAGCGUAAGAUGCAGAUGAUAGCUCAGCUGCUGGAGAUGCCUGCAGUGGUCCCCGAUGCCCAGAACCAGGCUGGACUUUUGACAGGGAUCCCUGGGCCAGGAUCUGUGCACAGGGUAAGCCGGGGUCAUUCUGAUGCAGCACGCCAAGGAAGAUCAAGGUCACAUCUUCCAUCACAGCAGCAGAGAGCAGGAAGAAUGGGUGGAGCACAGCGGCAGGUAGAGGGCGCUACCUCCAGUGGUCCAAGCGUGCCCAUGCCAUCAAGUACUCCAGAGAUCAGUAUUCCCACUACUGUUUCUUCCUCAGAGGCCCCUCAGGGUUCUCCUGGCAUUGAGGAGGCAGUGGAUGCUACAUCUCCCUCCGCUUUUGCUUAUCACCUCAAUGACAGUGUGAAUGGAGGCAAUGAUGCUCAGAGAAGUGGAGGUAAUGGCAGAAACAGUGGAAGGCACAGUAGGAACUCUUCAGUAGGAUCGAAUCUGGGGAAUCAUAGUGAAGAGAUCCCACUUGAAGACAUGUCCGGUAGCAGUUCUACCAGACUCAGAGGGGUGAGUACAGUUAGUAAGUCCUCCUCAGAUUCUAGUGGGUCCCGUGGCAGAAUGAGCAACAGAACCGUGCAGAGUUUGACACGCAGCAGCUCUUACAGUCCACGUAGAGGUAGGAGUGGAUCAAGUCCGACAGCUUUUAUGAGAGCUCCUUCAAGGUCAGGUCAAGACAAGGUCAGGUCAAGGUCACUGUCGGGUGGCAACCAGCCUGACCAAGAACAGACAGCAGCAUUUGCUCACAGUUUGCGGCUAAGUGCUGCCCUGGCUAAGGCAAAAAAUGUUCGCUCUGGGUCAGGAUCUUCCAAGGGAUCAAGGGGGAGUGCAAAAUUUUUGCAGACUUCUUUUACCCAGAGUAGUAAUGGAAGACAGAGAAGCAGUUCAAAAGACUCAAGUGACAGUGCCAACAGUACUGGGUCAAGGACAGUCCGAUCUCGUCACCGUAGUGGUUCAUGUGAGCUCUCUAACCAGACCACUGUAGUUGUGGACUCAGAGCUGUCUAAUGGAAGUGCCACUUCCACACAGGAACAGGUAAAUAAUAAUUUAGGACAGGGUAAACCCAAUCACAAACCUUCACUUGAUGGCAAAGAUGGAUCAACAGGCCCAAGCUUACCUUUUAAAUUUGGCACAGAGAGCAAACCAACUGCAGAGGUAACACAUGUCACUGCUGAUUUAAGUAAACUGGAAAGGUCAGUAGCUAUGAAAAGCAGUGCUUCAGACCAGCUUGGUAAGCUAGCACAAGCAGGACCUGUAGAUCAGCCUCGGUCCAACGACACUGAUACUGUCACUGUGAAGUACCAUGCCUCCAGUAAAACAGAAAGCAGUCAAGAACUAUAUCACUCCUGUGAAGAUGCAUCACCUCAGUUGUCUAAUGAUGAAAUACAGGGAGAUAAGAGCGAGUCUGUUGAAAAAACUUCAACUGAAAGUCAAAGUUUAAAUGACAGCAGCAUUAAAAGUGAUACUUGUAUUUCUAGGGUAAGAGACAGUGGUAUUUUAGAUUUGUAAUGUUUUGUAAAGCACUAGUUGGAAUACACUACUACUGCAGCAUUAAUUUUUGAAUUAAAAAUAUUGAAAAUAGUUGAAUGAUUUUAAAAAAUUGUGAACCCUCUUCAGAAAUGACAGUAUGACUUGUAGAAUUUGUCAGUUUUAUUUAACUUUUUAUGGUUGUUUUUGAAAGACCAUCAUAUGCUGGACACUUACUGAGGCUUUAAGUAUGGCACUGUAAAAACAUGACUAAGCAUGUUUCAUGCAUGACACUUAUUCAUGAACAAAAAUAUAUUAAACCCAAAUUCAACAAUACCACCCGUUUGGGAAAAAAAUUGUUGCUUAUGCGAUAAAAUUGGAGCAUUGGAAAGUAUCUUCAUUUAUUAUUUUGCUUUAAAUCUGUAAUUUUGCGUAUCUGUAUAUGCCAGUUACACUAUUGAUUUGUCUUUCUUUUUGGAAAAAAAACAUUUUCAAGUGGAUGUUCUAAAGUUGAAUUUCUAGGAAAUGGGAUUGCUGUCAGUGUGACUUUUGGGGAUAUUUAUAAUCUUAUUUGAUACCAGGGCUGAUACUUGAGAUGUGCUAUUUAUGCUCACGACAUGGAGAAUGAUUUGGAGGGUUUGAAGUGUGCUUGAUUCAGCAAUUAGUGAUGAUCAGUUUUAUGUGGAGUUUCCAAUAAGUCAUUAAGAAUGGGUCUAAUCUGUAACAUGUGACAAUAAAUUAUUUUAUUAAAUUGUUAAAUAUUAUAUUUAUUUACCUUAAAAGGUAAUGUUAGUGUUAUUGGUAUACGUUAUGUCUAAAAAGUGAGAAGUAGAGAAGCUGAGCACUGAGACACAUCUUGUAUAUUUGAGUUGCACUCAUAUAAGUACCGCUAUAUUGAGAGAUACUCAGCUUACAUGGCCCAUGUACGUGACCAGUGUCAUUUACACUUCGUAGUGAAAAUUAGGUUAUUCGUUUCACGGGCAAAUUUGGUUUCCUUCAUUGCCUGGUUAUGUGUUUAAUGUGUAGACUUGCAGGUCGUAGUCUUGGAUAGAGACGGUUGUUUUCUUGUGCGAGAUGGCGGUGGUAAAAGUUACCCGAUGUUAGCAGUAGAUGAAAAUAAUCUACAUGGUGAAUAAGCCAGAAGAACCUUUAUGUAGUAUGAUAAUAUAUAAAUUGGUCAUUUUAACAAGCCUAAUUUUAUCAGCUAAGAUUUUAUGUCAAUGAUUAUAGAAACGGGAUGAAAUGUGGUACUAUUAACUUAUUUUGUUUCAUUAAAAGUUAUGGGAAUAUG